AUGCCCGGUUCUUGUGUUAACAACCAGGUUGGUAAUCAGCCAGCUCCGCUACAUUCUACCGGGAUCUCUAAUCCCAAUCUCCCAGACGACGAGGCCCCCUUCGACGCCUCUCCAAGAUCUACUACUUCUACUAACGACGCCAACCGUCACUCAACUCGGCUGGCCAACCUCCCUGCAGCCCCUGGGCUCGACUUCCCUACAAGCAGAGCUACCAAGGGCAAAGAUUCUAAUUCAAGCUCCUGCUCGAAGAUUCCAAGACCCCCGACCCCUAGGGAACUUGCACUCCCCAAGGGAACUGAUGUACAACUUCGAGCUGAAAUCGACACCCUCCACGGCGACAUCCAAGCUACUGUCGACCGAUUCGCGUCGGUUGACGAAAGAUUCGACUACAUCGAGCACGAGAUCGGUACUUUGACUACUACGGUCAACUCCCUUUCGUCGGAUGUCACCCUCAUGAUCGACAAGAUUAACGACGUUCUCGACAAGAAGCCAGACUCGACUUUGUGUCCCCCCUCUACUGUGGUAGUCCCUCCGCCUUCAGAGAAAUCCCGCCUCGAGCUACCCAAGGAAGCCAUUGAUGCCCUAUUCUUUCGUGGCCAAAGCUUCCAGAACAAGGUGGAUAAGUGCUGUGCAGCAUGCAACAAUGCUCCUACGGUUGAAGGUGGUCGAUUUAUUGGUAAUGAUGAUCCGAGAUCCUUCGCUGAAUUUUCUCAACUUGUUCGCCAACAUAAUAUGUACCUCUACGGUGAUGCGGUUACCCGAUACUUCUUCCUACUACAUAACCUCUCUCCGAGCGUUCACAACUCCACAGUGUUCGGCCUGCAAUAUGGUGAUGCCCAAGAUACGCCUCAAUGUACCAGUGUGGACGACUUUCAAAGGCUACUCGACAAGGUAUGGAACCAUCUCAUGGAUGAGUUUGCGAAAUCAUCCGGCUUAUUCGACCACUACAAGGCACUACAACUUCUUAAACUCUCUCCCGGUGCUGACUUUGACGGCCAUCUCAGUCGGUUCACUACCCUUAUCCGUGCCAUACAGAGAGAGAAGGGCUCCAUUGAUGACCGCGAGACCGCCGCCCACUGGUACAACAGUUUGGAUGAGCGAGGCCAAGAUGACAUAGAUCGGGCCCCUGCUCAAGACGUUAAGACCUUCGUCCAGAUGCGUGAGAGAUCUCGAGGCUUCUACCGAUCACUCAAGAAGACGUGGAAGGCUAACGCUGCUGGAAAGUCAAUCACCACUAAUGUUGCUACUGCUGCGGGUCCGGCGACUACAACUCAGGCUCAUCAACCUCUUCCUACACAACCGGCCUCAACUCGUCCAAAGCCUUCUACAUUCUGGGACACUACAGCCCAACGCCCUGCCGAUGGUGUGACAGACGGGUCUAUAUUCAACCUCGACUUCAUACGGAAGUUCCGGUGUCAACGUUGUCUCUGCCACGACCACAGUACCGGCUCUUGCAAACAAUCUAAGAUGGCUUUCGAAUCUCUACGUUGUGCUCGAUGCGGAACUCAUCAUGAUCCCGUACGGUUCCCAGAAGCUCACUGCCGAGACAGCAAUUGCUACCGCUGUGGGAAGCGAGGUCAUAUGAGUCGUGCUUGUCCCGAACCACUACCUCAGAAACCCGAUACCACCCCUUCAAGCUCUACUGGUACCGAAGGGGCCAAGAUUCAGGCUAAUGUACUCCAGAUCACUGACUCCGAUGGGUCUGGAUUACCCAUGAUAAAACUAGCUAUCUCAUCACCUGACUACGACUCGCCCGAGCCCGAAGGUCGUGUAGCUGCUAACGCUCUACUGGAUUCUGGUGCUGAACAACCGCUAUGUGCCGAAGAUGAGUAUAAUCGAUGGUGUGAUGCUGGGCUCGUCCUUCCGCUAGUCCCUGAUCCACGGACCAUCAUCUUCGGUAACCCCUCACACCAGUCAGCGACUCUCGGUAGAGCUAGUGUGAUCCUACAUCUCGACGACCGAACUUCUAUCGUGGCCGAUAUACUAGUGGUCAGGUCGCUCAACUACCCCUUCAUCGUGCCAACUAGUCUAUUACGACGUACAGGUGGUGCGGUAUGGAUGAUCUACCCUAAUGCUGCUCAACAAGAUAGAAUCAUCGUUGGUCAGGAAUGUCAACAGCUACUGGCUACUCCUCUUGACCCCAGGUCUGAUAUGGAGGCAACUGCCCCUUCUCCUUAUGUGAAAUGCCAUCAAGUGACUGCGAAGAGCAUCAAUGAUAUGAGCCUCAACGAUGUGUCUAUUAACCACCAACGAGUGAAGAACAGCUCCAAGGCCGUGGACCUCCCUGUCACUCUGGUUGACGACCGUGAUGCCCCCGACGGAAGAUGUUAUAUCAAGAUCCCGUGGAAGGAUCCUACUGCGAGACCACCUCCUAACUUCAAGGCCGCCUAUGCCAAAGAUUGUACGAGCACCAGGAAGCUCUCCCCAGAGCAAAGGCGCCUGUAUGCUGACGCUAUCGAUGCUCAACCUGGUAGAGGUCCUCCUACCCGUAAUAUGCUUCGACAACUCCGUCUAGCGGCGGCGGCAGUGUAG